AUGACGAACAAAUCUACAAUGUUUUACUCCGAAAAAUUGGGGCUAAGUCCUACUGACAACUCCAAUUGGCGAUUGCGUACGUCAAUUUUGGGUGCUGCGGUUUGGGAGUAUGUUGAAACACCCCAAGCUGAUGACCUUCAGUCGCCAAUGGAAAAGUACCUUCUCGGGUCCGACGAUUUUGAACCGCCUGUUUACAAUGACCGAGCAAAAGAUGCAUUUGAAUCUGCUAUCAGAGGAGCAGAGUUUUUUAGACUGCUACAGGCCGAAAACGGGACUUGGCCCAACAUGUACCAGGGUCCCAUGUUCAUGACGGUUGGAUAUGUCGCCGCAUGCUACUUCACCAAAACUACAAUCCCGGAGGCUUACAAAACUGAAAUGAUAAGGUAUUACAUAAACGUUUCGCAUCCUGUUGAUGGUGGCUGGGGCCUUUACAACGUGGACAAAUCCACGUGUUUUGGCACUACCAUGGGCUAUGUGUGUCUAAGGCUACUGGGACUGCCUCCGCACCACACCGCCUGUGUGAGGGCCAGAGACACUUUGCAUCGACUGGGAGGAGCCGUGGCGAAUCCGCACUGGGGAAAGGCAUGGCUGGCAAUUUUGAACCUUUAUGAAUGGGAGGGUGUUAACCCGGCACCAGCAGAUUUAUUCAUGCUCCCCCAGUUUCUUCCAAUAUUCCCCUUCAAGUGGUGGGUUCACACGAGAGCGAUAUACCUUGCAAUGAGCUAUGUGAGCUCUGUCAAGGGAAAGUGUGAACUUGACCCGUUGCUUCUCUCGCUCAGAACCGAAAUAUAUACCAAAUCGUACGGAAAGAUUGACUUUUCGAAAGAGAGAAACAACGUGUGUGGGGUGGACUUGUAUUAUCCCCAUACCGGGUUUCUGAACUUAGCAAACAACGUGCUAGUGUUCUACGAGAAGUAUUUGAGACCAGAUUGGUGGAACCGCAGAGUGAAUAAAACAAUUUACGAAUAUGUUCUGAAGGAGUUGAAAAACACAGAAUAUCUUGGGAUUGCACCCGUGAGUGCUGCGUUCAACACGAUAGUGACUUACAUGGAGGAGGGUCCUGACUCUGAAAAUUUCCAAAAAACCAGAGAUAGACUUAGCGAGGUGCUAUUCAAAGGGCCUGAGGGAAUUACCGUGAUGGGCACCAAUGGCUCCCAAACUUGGGAUUCGAGUUUUGCUGUUCAGUACUUGUUCAUGGCUGGCCUUGCAGAGAGACCCGAGUUCAAGGAUAUGAUUGUGAGAGCAUACAAGUUUCUGAUUCGUUCGCAGUUCACAGAUGAGUGUGCUGAUGGAAGUUUCAGAGACAGGAGGAAAGGAGCCUGGCCUUUCUCGACGAAAGAGCAAGGUUACACCGUCAGCGACUGUACUGCUGAGGCGAUCAAGGCGAUAAUCAUGGUCAAAAACAGCGAGUACUAUAAGGAUGUGCACCAUCUUUAUGACGAGAGGAAUCUUGAAGAUGGAAUAGACAUUCUUCUGGGGCUCCAAAAUGUGGGCAAUUUCCAUUUUGGUUCCUUUUCAACAUACGAAAAAAACAAGGCCACCCCGUUGCUGGAGGCCUUGAACCCAGCCGAAGUUUUUGGAAACAUCAUGGUGGAGUAUCCAUACAUCGAGUGCACAGACUCGUCAGUGCUUGGUUUGAAAUACUUCACCGAUCACUACGAAUAUCGUCGUGAUGAAAUCAAUUUGGCCAUAGACAGGGCCAUCAAGUACAUUCGUGCCAACCAAAACGAAGAUGGCUCGUGGUAUGGGUGUUGGGGUGUGUGCUUCACCUAUGCCGGGAUGUUCGCCUUGGAAGCCCUCUCAGUUGUUGGAAACACAUACGAAAGCGAUCUCACAGUUCGCAAAGGAUGCGACUUUUUGGUCUCAAGACAGCUUCCUGAUGGUGGGUGGGGUGAAAGCAUGAAGUCAUCUGAAAUGCACGAGUAUUUCAGCUCCCCCAACAGUCUGGUGGUUCAAACGGCCUGGGUGGUCAUUGCGUUAAUUCUUGCCGAGUAUCCUCAAAAAGACGUCAUAGACCGUGGAAUCAAGUUGAUAAUGGACAGACAACAAAGCGGUGGUAACUGGAAAUUCGAGUCUGUGGAAGGGGUGUUCAAUCAUUCAUGUGGAAUCGAGUACCCCAACUACAAGUUCAUGUUCACCAUCAAAGCUUUGGGGCUUUAUUCCAAGACUUAUGCAUAA